AUGGAGCUCUUUAUUUUCUACAAGCAGCUCGUGAACCCUGAUGUGGUUCCGGGCUACGUCCCGGCGGAUUACCUUCCCGAAGACCUCGUCGAGGUACGGGUGAUCACCGAUCCGCGGCAUCCCGCCUACCGCCAAAGCGGACUUUUCGCUAAACGGACGAUUUCGAACAACACCAUCGUCACGUCGUACGCCGGGUUUAUUGAGGUUUUCAGCACAUCGUGUAAUUCCCGAACCUACACAAUGGGCUUCGGCACGAUCAACGACGAUUACGCGCUGGAUGCGGAGUUUGUCGGGAACCACGGCCGCUUCGCCAAUGACCCGCGAAGUAUCGAAGGCUGCACGGCUAAUAUGACCGCGGAAAGUCGGUUCAACUCUCGUGGGGAGCCUUUCACGGCGCUGGUGGCACGUCGACAAAUCAAUGAGGGCGAGGAAAUAUUGAUGGCGUACGGCAAAGCACAUAGCUUAAGCCCUACACCUUGGAUCAAUGCACGUGGUGAGGCUCUCUUGCAGUACCGCAGCGGCGGUAUCAUACCAUUCCCAAAUCUAACACCGCUUAAAGGGGACCAAGAUGAAGGUGCUGAUGCUUUCCCUGGUGAAAAAACUGCACAGACGGCUGGUAGCAGUCCUCAGGAUUUCUUACUAAAUGAAGCGGUUUCUGUUUCUUCGUCGGCAUCGGUCGAUCUCACCGCUGCUUAUCAUAUCACCUGGGAAUGCACUCAAUGUGGCGCCUGGAACAUCUGCGCAAGCCCAUUAAUUUUAAAAAUUGAAUACUGCAGUCACUGUUCUACCCCAAAGUUAAGUGGCGCCAAGAUGGUUUCAGUACUUAGUUCCCCACCCAUCACCUCAGAGUUUUUGUCAGCAGAGGGUGGGAUUUCAGUGCCAUCUGACAUGGAUGCCAUUUUUCCAGCUGAACGAAGUGUUUCUCAUCUGCAUUCGGACGCAAACUCGUCUUCCCUACAUCCAUUGACAACACAGACACUGCAGACACCAGCGGGGUCCUCAUUUUCUCCGAAUCCCAAAAAACGAGGGCGCCCGCCGUUAGACCAUUCUGCAGCCUCCACACAUUUAAGCAGUUCUUUAGUGGGAAACCCUUUGCUGGGCUCUUCGGGUAAUGCCUGCAUUAGUCCUAACAAUCAUUCCCCUGGCUACAGCUCUGUGCAUGUGGACUGGCCCAUGAACAUUCCUUUCUUGCCAUGGCAAAUUUGGGAUAACGUCAUUUCAAUGGUUGCGCUUAGCAAGUACUCCAGAUUUGUCCCACACGAACACGUUUUUAUCUACAACGUCAACAGUCAUGAUGAGCAUCUCUUUAUCGUCUAUAACGACGGACCCAGUGACGAAAACCUGGAUCCGAAUGAGCCCGACCCCUCAAAGGAGGCUUUGAUGCAUCGAGAUGAAGGGCGCAGGAUGGGCACGUCCAAACUCGGACGCCUGCCCAAACAACGAGGUCGGCAGUCGGGGAAGUCCACGGACGGCGCGGAUUUGGAUUGCUGCGUGCGGUAUGGGUGGGUCCGGCCCUCCCCUAGUGGGAGAGCCGACACCGCCCUCCCACCACGGGCCGAUGUGGAUGCCGUGAAACCCUCAACGAACACGCUUGAAUGCCGCGAGCUUCUUUUUUCGCGCAACCUCCUCCACGCCCACCCGAAUAUGGAUGGGUUUACCCUUCUUCAUACGCGUCGGGCCCCACAGGUGGGGGGGUGGCCGACCCCGCUGGAGGCCACGCGCCGGCUUCUGCUCAACCUCACGCGGCGCCAAUUCUCCGGCAAGGCUUUCCAACCCGGGGAGUUGGUGGGGUACAUGGGGGGGUGUAUUGUCUCGAUGAGCGACGCGCGAUGCCGUCCGGGGGACUCCCCGUUGGCGAUCCCGAUGAAGUACCUCAUCCCCCGCCUCUGGAGGCUCGAGCGGGGGGGGCAAACGCGGCCCCCGGGCCCCCCCGACCGCGGUGGCUCCGCCGCUGUCGAAGGGGAAGCCGCCGACCUCCUCCGACGGCUCUCCGCGCUUUGUCUGGUGGUGACCAACGACAUGAUGUACUGCCCCUGCCUCGCACUGGCCGACCCCGAGGACGACGAGGGGGGAGGGGGGACGACCUCUCGCCCGCGCGCGCGCCUCGGGAGCCGGACCCCGCCCUCGUCGAGGAGGCGGACAUGCUUUUGA